AUGAACUCAAGAGGAGAGCAAGAGAUCGCGCGAAUACUGGAAGACUGGAAGGUAGCUUAUCGACAAGAAGUCUUAUUGGGGGACUCCCGUCGCAGAUAUGAUUUCGGUCUCUUGGAUGUGAGGUUGCUGAUCGAGUUCGACGGCUAUCAGCACUUUCAUCCCGUAGCAUUCUCGUGGCAGACGGAUCACUUCGCUGAAUAUCAGAAGAGGGUAGUCAUCGACAUCGAGAAGAACGAAUUGGCCGAAAGUCAGGGCUAUCUACUCUUGAGGAUACACCACGAAGACCUCACGAACAUGGAACCGGUCAUUGCAGAAGCCAUAGAAGAUGCUACGCUCGGAAAGACGGGUGUCGUCUUCUCCCGGACAGAACCUUACCAGCAGGACGGCGUGCUGAAGAAGGUGGCAAACUUUUGCACCCAGUGGCGGGGGGUCACUCGGGACAAUUGCUUGGACUGUUACUGGCCCGAUGGCAACUCGAUCGCGAUCCGGACGGGGGAGGAGUCGGGGGUCCUCGUCCUGGACAUCGACAACGCCUCCUCCGACGAGAAGCUCAACGGGAUGCAGCUGCACGAGAUGUGGACCCUGCGGCACGGGGAGCUGAACACGUGGACCGCAAAGACGGGUAAGGACGGGCUUCAUCUGUACUUCAAGUUCCCGACGGAGGCCAGCUACGGGGUGAACAACCGGACCGGGUUGGUGGUCGAGGACAAGCUGUACGGCGUGGAUAUUCGCGGCCAGGGAGGAGUCAUCUUCAGCCCUCCCUCCUCCUACCUGGCACCGGACGGGACCGAGCUGAGGUACGAGUGGGUCAAGAGCCCUUUCGACACGCCGCUCGCGGAGGUGCCCGAGUGGCUGGAGGAGGUGCUGAUCGAGAACGACAGGAUCGGCAAUUUCCUUUGGAAUCCAGCAAUCUGA